AUGGUGAUGCCCCAGGCAAACGACCAGCAGCUGGGCGGCCAUGCCGUGUGCGCCGUCGGGUACGAUGACUUCCAGCAGUGCUUCAUCGUCCGCAACUCCUGGGGAGAGGAGUGGGGUGACAAGGGCUACUUCUACAUGCCCUACGAGUACAUGUGCAACCCCGCCCUCGCCUCUGACUUCUGGGCCAUCAACUGGGUCGAGGGCUUCAAGAACGCCGCGACGAAAGAUUUCAAGCUGAGCAAGUGA